AUGUCUGCUGGAGUCAUUGCCGGGAUUGUCAUUGCCGGCAUCGCUUUCUUGAUUGUUGGUGUUGCCGUGUUCUACUUCUGCUACUGGCGACGGAGGCCGAGUGCGAGUAGGAACGGCGAUUACCCUUCAGCCUCUGUGUUGGGGCAUGCGACGAAGAGGAGAAGCUACCCCGUGGGAAAUUCCCGUGUGACAGCUCGUGAAGAUGAAGACGGGAACUCAAGGAGUGCCGGUGGGUAUCCUUUGCUGCACUCGCUGGGGCAGGUGGAUAACCCCAUGGCGCAUGGGCAGGCGGGGGAGAGUGCAUCACUUCCCAACGUGGAAUCUACUGAGUCUCAGUAUUUUAAGGACUAUUUAGAUGUCAUGACGUGUGAAAGUUUUUCGUUGCAUGGAGGUGGGUACACGUCAUAA